GCAGCAGUUAACCUAACCUCAACCUCUGCUCCUCCAAGGAUCCGACAACCCUAGUCCGAAUGCAAGAGGAGAUUCGAAAGAUCCGGAUACUGCUCCAGCAGAAACGGACUGAGACUGCAAAGAGUCUCCUCAAAAAACUAAUUUCUUCGCAUUCAGUUUCGCAACUCUACUCUCUUUACUCUCAAUCCUCCAGCAAAGAACCCGUUUUCAAUGACACUAUUUUGUCAGUCUAUGCUGAUUCAAAGCUCCCCAAUGAGGCCACCCAACUCUACAAUUUAAUACGGAAAGAUGGUAAUUUUCCUUCCCUUUCCGCUUUUAAUUUGUUUCUGGAAUCUUUGGUGGGUUCAAAUCAAUUUGAGAAGACGCUCGAGAUAUUUGCUGAUGUUGUUGAUUCUGGUAUUUGGGUAGAUAAAUUUAGUUAUGGGAAAGCUAUACAAUCUGCGGUGAAGUUGGGGGGUUUGAAAAGGGGCUUGGAGUUGAUGAAUCAGAUGAAAAAAUGUGGUUUGAAUCCUAAUGGAUUUGUAUAUAAUGUCUUGAUUGGAGGAUUAUGCAAAGCGAAGAGAGUUUAUGAGGCUCAGAAGCUCUUCGAUGAAAUGCUCAAGAGCAGAGUGGUGCCAAAUAGAGUUACUUAUAAUAGUCUUAUAGAUGGGUAUUGUAAAAUGGGCGAUUUAGAUUUUGCAUUUAAUUUGAAGGAAAAGAUGAAAAUUGACAAUGUGGAGCCCAAUAUUGUUACAUAUAAUACGUUGCUUGGUGGGGUUUGUAGAAUGGGGAGGAUGGUGGAGGCAAAUAGAAUUAUGGAGGAAAUGGAGCUGAUUGGGUUUGUGCCUGAUGGGUUCACGUAUAGUAUACUGUUUGAUGGGCAUUCACGAUGUGGAAAUGCAGAGGCUUCAAUGGCGUUGUAUGAAGAGGCUGUAAAGAAAGGGGUGAGGAUUAAUGAGUACACUUGUAGCAUUUUGUUGAAUGGCUUCUGCAAGGAAGGGAAUAUGGAUAAGGCCGAGGAGGUUUUGAAGAAGCUGAAGGAAAAUGGGGUUGUUUUGACGGAGGUGAUAUUGAACACCAUGGUGAAUGGAUAUUGUAAAGUGGGUGAUAUGGACAAGGCACUUUCUGUUGUAGAAGAAAUGGAAAAUUUUGGGGUGAAACCAAGUUGCAUCACAUUCAAUUCAGUAAUCAACAAGUUCUGUGAGUUGUGUAAGAUGGAUGAUGCCAAUGAGUGGUUUAAGAAGAUGAGGGAGAAGGGGAUUUGUCCAAGUGUGCAGUCGUAUAACAUUCUAAUUGACGGCUAUGGCCGGAGUUGUCAGUUUGAGAAGUGUUUACAAAUUCUUGAGGAAAUGGAAAAUAAUGGGUUGAAGCCUAAUGUCAUAUCCUAUGGUUCUCUAUUAAAUUGUUUAUGCAAGGAUGGGCGACUUCUUGAAGCCGAAGUGCUUUUUAAGGAUAUGCUGAAUAGAAGCAUUUGGCCAAAUGUGCAGAUAUAUAAUAUACUUAUAGAUGGUCAUUGCACCAGAGGAAAUAUAAGAGAUGCUUUUAAAUGUUUUGAGGAGAUGUUAAGAAGUGAUAUAAGCCCUACCCUUGUGACAUACAAUGUACUCAUUAAUGGGCUCUGCAAAAAGGGUAAGUUUGCGGAAGCUGAAGACUUAGCCUGUCAGAUUGCAAAUAAAGGUUUAAGUCCAGACAUUAUCACAUACAAUACCUUAAUCUAUGGGUAUUCAAAUGCAGCUGAAACUGAGAAGUGUUUGGAGUUGUAUGAAAAGAUGAAAACAUCAGGCUUAAAACCUACAUUAAACACAUAUCAUCCUCUAAUAAGCAUUUGUAAAAGGGAAGGACUACAUCUUGUAGAGAAAAUUAUUCAAGAAAUGGCCCAAAUGAACGUGACUCCAGAUCGAGUUGCAUACAAUGAGCUCAUUCAUUGCUGUGUAGUGCAUGGAGAUGUUCAUAAGGCAUUUUCCUUACAUAGUGAGAUGCUAAAUCUGGGAAUUACCCCUAACAAUAAGACAUAUAAUGGCUUGAUUAUGGGACGAUUAGAAGAAAGGAAGUUUGCGGAAGCAAAGGAUCUUUUUGAUGGCAUGAAAGAAAGAGGAUUGGUUCCCAAGGACGACACUUUUAACAUAUUGAUUGAGGGACAUAUCAAGUUUAAGGAUAUUGAUGGGGCAUACGUUUGGUACACCGAAAUGCUGAAAGAUGGUUUUCUACCAAAUAUUUCCAUUUGUAACCAGCUAAUCUCGGGCCUCAGAGAAGAAGGAAAAUCAAAAGAGGCUGAGAUUGUCUGCUCCAAGAUGAGCGUUAAAGGAGUGGAUGAGUGGAGUAUUGAUAAGGAUUUUUCUACGGUUGCUAUAAUGUAGUCCAGGAAUGUUACUACGUUUUAGUAGUUCAGCAUUGGCAGUUUAUUGCAAAAAAGUGGCACAGGAUUUCUCUGAUGAUUUGUUUGAGGAGCUGAGCAAAUAUGAACAUCUUUAAGGCCUUUACAUCUGCAAUAUCUAGGCUGAUCUCAUAGUUACUAAUUUUCACUUCCGAUUUAGAGAUGAAGACUAUGCUGCCAGUCCACUUCAGAAUCUUAGCAGAAGGGCGUCCCAUUUUUAUUGACUCUCCCCUGUGACGGAUCUUCGUGAUGCCACUUUCAGACAGUAUGAGGAAAAUGAAUGCAAUCAAGGUGGAUACUGCAAUUUCAUGCAUCUGAAAAAGAUAAGCAGGUUACUUUGAAAUUGAAGUGUCCUCUUCCCUUUCACGAUGUAGGUUGCCAAUUUAUUUAGUCUAUUGGUUGAAGAGAGCUGAGUGGGAAUUUAUUUGGGAGGAGUAAACGGAGGCAUAGCCACAAUAGAAGCAGAAGCUGUAGUUCUCAUGCGCAUGAUUAUGAGGAGCAUUCACUUGCCAUGGUUCUGGAAGAAGAAACGACCACCACCACCAUCAUAAAGGCCGGCCUAGAUGCAGAAGUCCAGGUUGCGGAGGUGGAAGAAGCAGAAGCCGUGGGUGAAGGAGAAACAGGAGUCCAGUUAGGGAAAUCAGUGUGGAAAGAAGGGCAAAAUAGAGCAGUGGAAUAGCAAAAGAGAGCGUUCAGAAUCUGCUAGGGAUAAUCUCAAUGACUAUAGCAAUGGCUUUUAACACAUUGAAAACCAUUCUAAUCACAAAAAUAUACUGUCGCCAGGCUCACUGAAGCUGGGGAAUGGAAGUUAUAACCACUGAUCAAGUGGCUUUCAGCUUUCACGGUCAACCAGAUUCUGUUCUAUGCCUUCAUCUGUACAUUUUUUUUCCAGUUAUUUCCGAAGCUUAUCGAUGGAGAUCCUUGAUAUCCUUGGCACGUUAAAAGAGCACUUCUGGAGAGACUGUUCAUUUUAUUUCGUCUUGGGUUACUGUUCAAUUGUCUUUUUCCCCCAUGCAAAGCGGCGUUGUUUAGAGGUUAGCAUUUGAAACCUGCCCUGUCUCUCUCAUUUGAUUCCCGAAGGUCUCAUCCCUUUUCUUUGGCGAUUUUUUCCUCCGCAAAACCAUCAUUUUUGGAUGAAUUGUUGGUCAAAUAUGUUGAAAUUUUUCUAAAUUUGUGUAAAUCUUUGGAAGUUUAUUGGUUCCCUACUAAAUCUUCUUUUUAUUUUUUUCCCAAAAACAUCUACUUGUGCCCCUUUCCUCUGUUUCACUACUUCAGCCUGCUCACUGAGACAGGAUAUGAAGGUCACUAGUGGUCGCAAUUCCUUGUAUGGUUCGUGACUUUACUGGAAAAGUAAAGCAAAAAAGAACCGAAAAAUAAUCGAAGAAAGCUUCUUAUUAAUGAAAAAAUUGAAGUAUUUGAUUUCAGUGCAAGGUUAUGUGAAACUAUAAAUAAUUGCAUCUGUUUUCUUCCGAUUUGUUAAUCUGUUCUGCUGCCUGAAAUGGUUUUGCUAGAAACACUGACUGGUAAGAAUAAAGCCCCUUGCUCGGUGUACACUCCCCUUACAUCAGGAGAGGGGUCCAUGCCCAAUUAAUGAGCGGGUCCCACCCCCCCAUAUGAGGGGGCUGAACUGUAAGGUUCGGUGUGCAUGUAGGGGUGUCCGACAGGUAAUGUAUACCAUGUAGCUUGUGUUUGAGCCCCAUUUUUGGAGAUAAAUAGAUUUUUGUAACAGAGAUUUUUUUAUGAAUGUAUAGUUAAAAAGUAGUGAAAACUUUUGGGUUUGCUUGUAAAGUUAUUUUAUGGAGUAAUGUGUGGUUGAAAAUGAAUUUGAGAAAAAUUGAAGCUCAAACAUGGGCGUAAUAUCGUUUUAUU